AUGAAGUGCGGAAGACAUCCAGCUAAUGAACAAUGGACACAAUCAGAAGACAAUGAUGAUGACAAUGCAGCCAUCAAGAAAGGAACCUCGGUCAAGAAUUUAGGACACAAUUAUGAAAAGUCACUGACAAAAUUGGACAAAACCACUGACAACAGCCAACAUCAAAGAGAGAUUAAGGCAUUGUUUACCAGACUGCAGCUUGAAGGUGAAUAUCCAAGGAAGAUGUCCCCAGAAGAUUUUCUUCAGAUUGGUCCGCAAGAUGUGUCUAGUCCAACACUGGAUGAAGACAUUUCUGAGAAAGAUCUGGGACAUUCUUUUAUUCACAGAUUGAUAAAGUUGGAUUACAGAGCCAGGUAUAUUCCUGUUAAACAAGACAGUCCUGAGAUUAGUAAUUCGAAGCCUGGUCCUGGCUCUGAUAGCAAUGACUCAGAUGAAAAUGAUUUUGACUUCUUUUUGAGUUCCAGUGUAGACUCAAAUCAGCCAACCCAGACUCAUGUCCAUCCAAUGGACGUUCAAAUGGCAGUAUUCCACUGCUCAGACAACUUCCUCAGGCAGAUCAUGAUCACAAAGCUUUCACAGUGUCAAUAUGCCCUACCUUUGCUUGUUCCUGACCCAUUCACAUCUGAGAUUGAGUGUCCUCUAUGGGCAUUCAGACAAAUUACUAAAACAUGGAAGGUAACCAAAGGAGAUUCACACACCACCAUGAAGAGCUUUCCAAUCUGCAAAGCUGAAACACCCAUGGUAUGUUUUUUCCGCCUAGGAUCACUCUUAAGGUCCAAGUCUCAGUUGAUGAAUUCCUUGAUCAAUGACCGCCACAGCACGUUCUUCCACAGAAACUGUCCUGGUAGCACCAAAGCUCGACAUUUAUUGGACGGUGUUGCUGAAAUUACUUGGUACUGCCCCAGUGGAAAACCCAAUGAUGCCUUUAAUAACUGCAUUGCUUUCUGUAACCUUCAUGGCGAUGCUUUGGUGAUCCAAAAGCAGCGGGACAUACUGAUUGAAAAGUCAUCAAUCAAUGUUGUGAUGAUGGCAAAUCUGCAAAAAGAUGACAAGAGUUGGCCAGUUAUAUCACCUUUAUUAAAGUCCAAAAAGCCUCUGAUUUGUCUCCUUGUUGAUGAUAAUGGUGCUAUGGCAGAGGGUAGAAAGGGAAAGUACAAAAUGGGACUCAAAGAAAGAAGCCAGGCAGAUGUUUCUGAUGAACUUAAGAAAAUCAUUCAAGGCCUUUUGUCUUCGGAAGAUACUUCCAUGUUAAAAAUGUUCCAGCUUGAAACCAUGUCUGAGAACCCUGGAAUCAAAGUGGAUGAAAAUGAUGACUUGUGCCAAAGUGGGAAAGCAGCUGCUUUCAAGAUUACUGAUUUGCUUCAGCAGAGUGAUGUUUCAAAUAUUAGGGAUCACUUUCUUCCAUGUCAAGGCCAUUUGUGGCAUCAGUGGUGCAAAACGAACAAAGAUCUCCACCGUCUCACAGGAAACAUUGAAAAUGACAAAUCGAAAAAGGAAAGAGAAAUGAUAGAAAAUCGAGAAAAACAGUGUUCUACUGGCUGCAGUAAAUUGAUGGAGCUGUUCAUUGACAGACUCUUCAAAAUACCAUUAAAAGACAACAAAUAUUUCUUAAAAUGGACUCAGAUCCUAACAGAUGCCCUCUCCACAGAUGGUGUUUCUUCAAUCCUUCAAAACUAUGAUAACAAAUGGUCUGAGGUCCUGGCCUUGAAGAACAGUCCUGAUAAAUCACAAAAUUUAGAAAAGAAGGAAAAUGAGCUUGAAGAUUUAUCAAAAAAACUACAGUCUGCAACAUUUGGCUUGGAGCACAUUUUCAGAGAAAUGGCACAGAUCUACGAGGCCCAUGAAGCAAUGAACGGAGACAAAGGACAGGGUGAUUGGUGUAAAUACCCUGAUCUGGCUGCACGUCUGCUGAUCUCCGGACAGCCUCUGGAGCUGCUGGAUGGGGACGCAGGUCAUGUUCCUUUGAAAUGGAUCUCCAGUGUUUUAAACAACGUUAUCAAGACCCUUGGGAACCAAAAAGUAUUUGUGUUGUCAGUUCUGGGCUUACAGAGCAGUGGAAAAUCAACCAUGCUGAAUGCGAUGUUUGGACUGCAGUUUGCAGUGAGUGCUGGGAGGUGCACCAAAGGUGCCUUCAUGCAACUGGUCAAAAUAUCACAGGAGAUUAGGAAGGACUUAAAGUUUGAUUAUUUGUUAGUGGUGGAUACUGAAGGACUGCGGGCUCUUGAGCUGGAAGGAACCGAUACUGUUCAUCAUGACAAUGAACUGGCAACAUUUGUUGUAGGAGUGGGAAACUUGACAUUAAUCAACAUCUUUGGGGAAAAUCCUGCCGAGAUACAAGAUGUUCUGCAGAUUGUUGUUCAAGCUUUCAUGAGGAUGGAGAAAAUUAGACUUAGUCCAAGUUGUGUGUUUGUUCACCAGAAUGUCACAGAUGUGGCUGCAGCAGAGAAAAACAUGGAUGGAAGGAGACGCUUGCAAGAAAAUCUAGACCAAAUGGUCAAACUAGCAGCUGAAGAAGAGGACUGCAAUACAAACUGCUUCAGUGAGAUCAUUAAAUUUGACAUAAAGAAAGAUGUGAUAUAUGUAGCCCAGCUUUGGGAAGGAAGCCCACCAAUGGCUCCUCCAAACCCAGGCUACAGUGAGAAUAUCCAAGAACUGAAGAAAUAUAUUCUCUCCAAAGCUUCACAGUCUGAUGGGAUCAGUCUUUCACACCUCAAGGCACAUAUCCAGGACCUGUGGGAGGCACUUCUGAAUGAAAACUUUGUUUUCAGUUUUAAAAACACACUAGAAAUCGCGGAGUACAGAAACCUGGAGGUGGAGUAUGGGAACUGGACCUGGGCCAUUAGGGACAACUUGUUAAAGGUUGAAAACCAGCUGUACAACAGAAUACAAAACGGAGACCUUAACACGCUUGAGUCAAGUUCUAUUAGUACAGAAACUACAGAAACGUAUGAAAAAAUCCAAGACACAAUGACCAAAUACUUUGACGAUGAUAAGAAAAAAGGAAUAAUAGUUCAGUGGAAAAGCCGAUUUGGGAGCAAAAUCAAAGAGUUUCACGAGGAACAAGUGGGAACAGUAAAAAGAAAACUGGAUGGAGUGAUUCAGCAAAAGCAAGCUCGGAAAAGGGUGGAUGAUAUGAGGAAAGAGUUUGAAGACAAACUCCUCCAAAAGAGCAAAGAUAUUGCUCAAAGCCUAAAGGAUAAGGUCAAAGAUGAAGCAGAGCUUGAAAAGGCUUUCAACUCUGACUGGAAAAUCUGGGUUCAAGAAUUAACAAAAGGUACAAACCCCAUUGAGGACAUCAACCUGGAAAAUGAUCUGUUUUUUAUCCUUACAGAUGUUGGUAUGGAGGAAAAAAUCAUAAACAAAUGCAAAGCAAGUGGCAGAUAUGAAGCUAUGUCAAAGGCUGACGAAUAUGUGCAAUAUGUAAAGGUCCCCAAGAAGCAAGCUGUCAAAGAAAGUGGAAAAGCUCAAAAUGAUGGGAAAGAAAACAUCGUCACUAGUAAAACACCAAAACUAGUAGCUGAACUUAAUGCUUUGUUUUCAAAACUUCAGAACCCACAGAAAGCUUAUUCUGAUGAUAGAACACAAAUCAAGCAAAUGAUUAAUAUGGUUGCUAAAGAAUCCCUCGAUACAAUCAAAAAGAAACCAGUGGCAAGUAGAGGCUACCAAAUAGCGUAUUUGCAAGAAAUGGUCCAGCUGGUCAAAGAUAAGGUGGCAUCAUUGGAGGCAGAGUUAAAAUGUGCCUUUACAAAGGAAUUCACUGUUGACCUCAUCCUGUAUGUGUUUGAUUCAGUAAAGAGUUGGUUGCAGAAGUCUCAGGAUAGUUUCAAAAAGUACAACGAUGCACGCUUCUAUUUGGAAAGCAAGAGAAUGCAUUAUUACAACAUUUUCAAAAUCUGCUGCAAAGGAAGUUCCGCUGUUGCAGUGCUUGGGGAACUGAUCAGUGAGAAACUAAAACCAUCCAUUGUUGAAGCUGCUUAUACCAAGACUGCCAUGACCCUCGCUGGAGAGAUGAGGUGUAAUGUCCCAGCCUUCAAUGGAAACAGGCUGAACUUGGAGAAACACGUGCUGAGCUCACUCGCUGAGAGAGAGGACUUUAAUGAGUUCAUCAAAUACAUCCAAAAUCCAAGAAACCAUGUAGAGGCUUUCAUUAAAGCAGAGGUUCAGAGACGCAUCAGCAAAGAUUAUAAGAACAAGGCAGAAAAAAUCCUUGAGAAAAAUGUGGAGGACCUUUACAACAAUGUGAGUGAAGCUCUGUCUACAGCAACACAGAAAGUCAAAGACCAGGGAGGUGAUAUUGACAUGUGGCUGUGUGAAUUAUCUAUUCUGCUAAAAGAUCAGCUAAAAUUUGAUGGUUCAGGUUUUAAGAACUUCAGCGACAUAAAAGAUUUCGACUUUCUCAACAAAGAGGCAGAUAAAAAACUUCGACGAGUAAAACAGCAAAUUAGCAGUUUCUCGGUGGAUGAAAUGAAAAAGUCAAGGCAAACACCUGAAAAAAUCCUCAUUGAUCAGCUGUGUAAAUGCUGCUGGGCUAAGUGUCCGUUCUGUUUGGCUGUGUGCACCAACACACUAGAAGAUCACCGCCCCGAUUACCACAGCGUACCGUUCCAUCGAUCCUCUGCGGUCAGUGGAAUGUACCAUUCAAACUCAAACUUCAUGUCCAUCGACUUCUGCACAUCAAGAGUCGCAAGUGAUCUCACUUUUUACCCCAGUAAAGAUUCAAAGAAUUGCAUCCCCUAUAAACGGUACAGAGAUGCUGGUCCAGAGUUUGCUUCAUGGCGAAUCAUCCCUGAUGAGUCUAAACUGGCAUACUGGAAAUGGUUUGUGUGCAGAUUUGAAAGACAUCUGGAAAGGUACUAUGGUAAACAAUUCGAUGAUGUUGGAAAGAUUCCUAAAGCCUGGAGAAAAAUUUCUAAAAAAGAAGCAAUAAAAUGUUUGGAUGAAAUAUGUGUGUGAAUAAACACCCACUACAACUCUGCUGAGGAAGAAUCUCUACAAAACUGAAAAAGUAAAGUUAAAAAAACA